UAACAAACAUGCAACGUGACCUUAUGUUAUUAUUUCCACAGAAACCUGUUAUUGUUGUUUAUCUGUAUUCCACAUAAUUCUAUAAUUUAAAAAUAAGAAUUAAGUAGAGAAAUAAUCAUUUGCUAGGUUAUAAUUUCAACGAUGUACACGGUGAAAAUAUUUUUAAACAGUAACUUACUGCGCUCGUGUUCAAAAACUUUUUUCGUUAACGUUGAAAAUGUGUCGAAGGUUGUUGCAUGUAAUUAUUCAACCCAAGGAGUUAAUUGUAAAUCAACUAAAGUGUGUAAAAGUGCAAAAGAAGCAGUAGAUGAUAUCAAAAGCGGAUCUACCCUUUUACUGGGAGGAUUUGGCUUAUGCGGUAUUCCCGAAAACUUGAUAGCGGCAUUAGAAGAACACCCUGUUAAAGAUCUUACCGUGGUGUCAAAUAAUGCGGGGGUAGAUUCGUUUGGAAUAGGUUUGCUUCUUAAAAGAAGAAUGAUAAGAAGGAUGAUAUCGUCUUAUGUUGGGGAAAACAAAGAGUUUGAGCGGCAAUUCUUACAGGGCGAAUUAGAGGUAGAAUUAAUUCCUCAGGGAACAUUAGCAGAAAAAAUUAGAUGUGGUGGUGCGGGAAUUCCAGCUUUUUACACGCCAACGGCUUACGGUACCUUGAUACAUGAAGGAGGUGCUCCUAUAAAGUACAAUAAAGGUGGACAAGUUGAACUUACGAGUAAUGCACGCGAAGAUAGGAUAUUUAAAGGGAAGCCAUAUAUAUUAGAGGAAUCUAUUACAGGAGACUUCGCUUUAAUAAAGGCUUGGAAAGCUGAUACCCAAGGCAACCUUUUGUUCAGAAAAUCUGCGCGAAAUUUUAAUCCUGCAAUGGCAAAGGCAGCAAAGGUUACCAUAGCAGAAGUCGAAGAAAUAGUCAAUGUGGGAGACAUAGAUCCCGACCAUAUACACCUGCCGGGUAUUUUUGUCGAUAAAAUCGUUUUGGGGCCAUCAUUUCAAAAAAGAAUUGAAAGAGUUUGCAUUAAGAAAGAAAAAUCCGGUGAAUCUGUGGCUAAAAAGAACCCUGCUUUGGAGAUGAGAGAACGAAUUAUAAAAAGGGUGGCACUGGAAUUUAAAAACGGAAUGUACAUAAAUUUGGGAAUUGGAAUGCCCAUGUUGGCUUCCAAUUUUAUACCAAAAAAUGUUGACGUAAUUAUGCAAUCCGAAAACGGAAUUCUAGGUUUAGGAGAAUACCCUACAGAAAAAGAAUUAGACCCAGAUUUGAUAAAUGCUGGCAAAGAAACCGUCACUGUUAUCCCAGGUGCUUCAUUUUUCAGUAGCGAUGACAGUUUUGCCAUGAUAAGAGGGGGUCACGUUGAUUUAACGGUUCUUGGUGCCAUGGAAGUUUCAAGAUACGGCGAUUUGGCAAAUUGGAUGAUUCCUGGUAAGCUGGUUAAGGGUAUGGGAGGUGCAAUGGAUUUAGUUUCAGCGCCACGGACUAAAGUAAUAAUUUGCAUGGAACACAAUGCAAAGAAUGGCAGCGCAAAAAUUGUGGAAAAUUGUACACUACCCCUCACGGGAGAAAAAUGUGUAGAUAUGAUCAUUACUGAAAAGGCUGUCUUUGAAGUGGAUAAAGAAAAAGGACUUACAUUAGUGGAAUUAGGCGAUGGUUUUCAAGUAGAAGACGUUGUUGCAUCAACAGGGUGUAAAUUUGCAAUCCCUGAUAAUGUUCCUCGAAUGGGGCAAGUAAAUUUAUGAGGAAUUUACUUAUAACGAAUGUUUUGUGUACUUAUCUUUAAGUUUUUGCAUUUGUUCUAAGAUUUUUGUACUGGAUAUAACUUUAAGUAAUUAAACUUUAUUUUUUCACAACUUUUA